GGGAGGGGGUGCAAAGAAGAAGCCUGUGACGUCAGAGAGGGCGUCGAGCGCUGAGGUGACGGACGGCCGGGGAGCGAAGAGAAGGCCGAGGAGCGGCUUGUUUAUUCGACGCGGGCCUUUCUCUCUCUCUCUCCUGAGGGAAAGGAGGGCGCGCCGCCAUGGCUGCCUGUAACACCUGCGCAGCGGCAGCGCGGCUCCUGAGCUCUUCUCUGCCGUCGGCCCGCCGAGGUAUCACAUGUGGCCGUUCCUGCCUUCCUGUUUUAGGAAUAAUUGGAACUUUUGAAGCCCAGUCUCUAAGACCUAUUCCCUUUAGAACAUUUUCAGAGACAGCAGUGUACUUUGCAUCAAAAGAUGGUGCAAGCAAAGAUGGUUCAGGAGAUGGCGGUAAGAAAACUCCAGGGGAAGGCAACAGUAAAAAAGCAAGUUCUGGAAGUUCUGGCAAAGGUGGAAACCAGCUGCGUUGCCCAAAGUGUGGUGACUUGUGCACACACGUGGAGACUUUUGUGUCUUCCACCCGUUUCGUGAAAUGUGAAAAAUGCCACCACUUCUUCGUUGUAUUGUCAGAAGCAGACUCCAAGAAAAGCAUUGUUAAAGAGCCAGAGUCAGCAGCUGAAGCGGUGAAGUUAGCUUUCCAAAAGAAGCCACCGCCUCCACCCAAAAAAAUCUAUAACUACCUCGACAGAUACGUUGUUGGCCAGUGUUUUGCCAAGAAGGUGCUUUCGGUUGCUGUGUAUAAUCAUUACAAGAGAAUCUAUAACAAUAUCCCUGCCAAUUUGAGACAACAAGCUGAAGUUGAAAAGCAAAUGUCUUUAACACCAAGAGAAUUAGAAAUCAGAAGACGGGAGGAUGAGUACAGAUUUACAAAACUUCUUCAGAUUGCUGGUAUUAGCCCCCAUGGCAAUGCACUAGGAGCAUCAGUGCAGCAGCAGGUGAAUCAACAGAUGCCCCAGGAGAAGCGGGGAGGUGAAGUAUUAGAUUCAGCCCAUGAUGACAUCAAGCUUGAAAAAAGUAACAUUUUGCUGCUGGGACCAACUGGCUCAGGUAAAACCCUACUUGCUCAGACUUUGGCAAAAUGCCUGGAUGUUCCUUUUGCAAUCUGUGAUUGUACCACUUUGACUCAAGCUGGCUACGUGGGUGAAGAUAUCGAGUCUGUUAUUGCAAAACUACUACAGGAUGCAAACUAUAAUGUAGAAAAAGCUCAGCAAGGAAUUGUCUUCUUGGAUGAGGUCGAUAAGAUUGGCAGUGUACCAGGCAUUCAUCAGUUGCGGGAUGUAGGAGGAGAAGGUGUUCAGCAAGGCUUGUUAAAGUUACUAGAAGGUACAAUAGUGAAUGUUCCAGAAAAGAAUUCCCGCAAAUUACGUGGUGAGACUGUGCAGGUUGAUACAACCAAUGUUCUCUUCGUAGCUUCUGGUGCUUUUAAUGGUCUCGAUAGAAUCAUUAGUCGGAGGAAAAAUGAAAAGUAUCUUGGUUUUGGAACGCCCUCAAAUCUGGGGAAAGGCCGAAGAGCUGCGGCAGCUGCAGACCUGGCUAAUCUAGGUGGAGAUUCCAGCUCGCAGCAGGAUAUGGAAGAAAAAGACCGCUUGCUUCGGCAUGUGGAAGCCCGAGACCUGAUUGAAUUUGGCAUGAUCCCUGAGUUUGUUGGACGCUUGCCAGUGGUGGUUCCCCUGCAUAGUCUCGAUGAGAAGAUCCUUGUACGGAUUCUAACUGAGCCCAGGAAUGCUGUGAUUCCACAGUAUCAGGCAUUAUUCAGCAUGGACAAGUGUGAAUUGAAUGUUACUGAGGAUGCCCUGAAGGCUAUAGCAAGACUGGCUCUAGAACGCAAGACCGGCGCUAGAGGUCUUCGCUCUAUAAUGGAGAAAUUACUGCUGGAACCAAUGUUUGAAGUACCCAAUUCUGACAUUGUAGGUGUAGAGGUUGACAAAGAUGUUGUGGAAGGCAAAAAAGAACCAGGAUAUGUCAGGGCUCCAACUAAAGAGUCUUCUGAAGAAGAAUACGAUUCAGGAGUAGAAGAAGAGAGUUGGACUCGACAAGCAGAUGCAGCAAACAAUUAAAUAAUAUCAGAUUGUUCUGCAGAAAAUGCACUUAAUGUUUUUAUUUUGAGACCACACUUGACUUUGCCACCUAUUAAUAACAUUGGAUCUCUCUUGAAUAGAAUACAUGAUCAAGAAAUGGCAGCGUUAAUGGAAAACAGAUCAUGUAUUUUUUUGUAACAUCACAUUGAUUUGUUCAGUGGACUUGGAUUUCAGCGACAUAAUAUUCAGAAAUGAAUUGUAUAUUACACUUCGUUCAGUUUUGAAAAACAAAGUUACUUUUUUUACUGCUGAGAUUAAGCAGGGCGGAGGUCUUUGCAUAAACACUUCCUCUUUUGCAAGAUUCACCUUUCUCCCUUUGACUGUCUUGGGGGAGACAUUUUAUACUGAAGGUGCUGCAGAGAUGAGGCACUUAAUACUCAUGUGUGCAGGUGUGAUCUGUAGCAAAUUCUCCAGCCCUAAUGGAAGCUCGCUGUGAAUUACUGGUGCAGAUUAUUAGAUGACUCCAGCAAUACUCCAUUGGGACCUCGUCUCAGUCAAGUGGAACUAGCACCCUUUGGAGAAAUGCAAACAGACCAUCUCCUAAGUAACAAUAAUAUAGCCAUGUAGGCUAUGUUUUGACUAUAUAAAGAGCAGACACUGAGAACGUGAGUAUUUUGCACAGCAACCUCUCAUUUGCUGUCUGACAUUACUGCAUUACAAGGACUGGGGAGGUCCUUUUUCAGUCCCAAACUAUGAUGGCUGGAAACAGCGAUGAACAGUGUGGAAAAGGGAAGAUUUCUAAGGGGUUUAGAGAAUGCCACCCCUCAGAAGCCCCUUUUUCGUACUUAAAGGGUUCCCAAAUAACUUUCAGCUCAGUCCUAAUUUUUUUUCAGUUCUACAAUGCAGUAUAGCUGUUGUCAGUAGCUACACAAUUUUAUAGUAAUAACAUUCUAUACAAAUUGGGCCUGGAAAUAAAUAUAUAUAAAAAUAAAGAUUCACUAUUUUGAAUAUCUUUCCUUCCUUCAGUUUGAAGAUCUUUCAGUAUGUGUUAAAUAUAUCUGCUUUAAAUGCAGUGAGAGCUAGAGGUACCUGUUACAUUUAUUAUGGAAACUGCCCUUAGAAACUGGAUAUCAGAGGGUUAAAAGGGAUAAUACAGUACUUCCUGGUGCACAAACUCCAUAGGAGGCAGAUUACAACCAGCAGAACUGCUCUAGAGAUAAACAGGUUCUGAAUUAGUGCCCUGUUUCAGAGCUGUUGUCCCACAUAAUGCAGUGCAUUAAAUAACUGGAUGUAAUUCCAAAGAUUUCAUUAAUAUUUACUUACUUAAAUAUUACACACACAAAAAUAUUAUGAGAACAGGUAAACAAGCAACUUGUCAUACCUUUCUUGGAGGAAAUAGACAAAAUAUUUGAAAUUCUGUACCAGUAUUUUAAUAUAGUACAUUUUAUUGAACAUACUGGAACCCUCAUGCAUCAGUUUUUUUGGUGCCAGAUAUUUUUCCCAGCCUACCUGAUUACAUUAAGAGGCACAAGGAAGUAAUGUGUAGUCGUAUAAUUUUCAAGUAAUCAGUAGCUACUGUUUGCACAAAUUUCUUAUUUUAAGUUAUAAGCUUAAAUGCUGCUCCCACGUCUUGUUAAUUUUAACUUCUAGCAAAGCAGAAAACAUUCUGCUUUAACAGAGAUCCUUGGAUCUUUUAGCGGAGUAUUUGUAAAACCCCAAAAGGACUUGUAUGUUUUUUGAUUUCUGGAAUUAAAAUCAAUAUAUGCUUA